GACCUGUCCAUCGUCGCGUGCACGCAGGGCUGGCUCGACAAGUGCGGCUACGAGGCCGGCGACAUCCUCCACCGCAACUGCCGCUUCCUCCAGGGCCCGCUCACGUGCUUCGAGACGAUCAUGCGCAUCCGCACUGCUCUCGAGACGGCGACGUCGCUCGCGGUGCGCCUCGUCAACUACACGAAGCACGGCCACCCCUUCCUCAACGAGUUCCUCAUGUGCCCCCUCGUCUCCAAGCGCGGCGGCAUCGCCUACUACAUCUCCGUC